AUGAUAUCUCGACUAAGUCGAGAAUUUCUUGUUCGUAUUGCGGGCUCCUGGAAACCUUUUUUCAAAGGCAGGUUUCUCUUGUUCACAAAUACCGUAAGCUGUGGGGGUAUGCUCGCUGCGGGCGAUUUCAUUCAACAAACAAGAGAGCAAAGAAGGGCACCGGGGAGGACACGUGACUGGUAUCGAACUGGUUGCAUGUUUGCAGUGGGGUGUUCAAUGGGACCUGUCAUGCACUACUGGUACUUGUGGCUUGACAAGUUCUUUGUUGGUAACGCUUUGCCCAGUGUGACCAAGAAAGUUCUUAUUGAUCAACUUGUUGCCUCGCCAUCAAUGGGAGCAUGGUAUUUUCUCGGUAUGGGAGUAACAGAGGGCCAUUCUUUAUCUGAGGGAUGGACAGAGUUCAAAGGCAAAUUCUGGGAAUUCUAUAAGGCAGACUGGUGUGUUUGGCCUGCAGCACAAAUGAUCAACUUCUAUUUCCUGCCAUCUAAGUUCCGUGUCCUCUAUGUGAACAUCGUCACCUUGGGAUGGGACACCUACUUAUCUUAUUUAAAACAUAGUAAGAAUGACUCAAGGGACCUUGUUGAGGGACAUGUGGGGAAUGAUGAAUAA